AUGGUGAGCGGAUUGUGGUGCGCGGCCCGCAGAAUCCAGUCUGUGGCGCAGCGCAAGCUACCACCCUGUGAGGCUAUUCGCAAUGGCAACCAGCCUUGUCAUGAUAUGGACGACCUUUGGGACGCCCUCCACGGCACGUACAACUCGGCCUCUGGUCGCGAGUACGAUGCCUCAGUCUUAGACGAGCUUCCCGAUGAGCCGGGACCGGACCAUGUCACUUGGGUCCACCUAAAGGAGCUGCUCAAGGAUAAACACGUCCUUGCGCUCUUCAUCGUGUUGGCCAAUGCUUGCCUUCGGGUGGGUCAUUGGCCACGUAUAUUCAAGGAGUCGCUAUCAGUUAUCGUUCCGAAGCCGAACAAGCCCUCCUACUCCGUGCCGAAGGCCUUCAGGCCAAUCGUACUCCUCAUCACUUUCGGUAAACUUAUCGAAAAGAUGAUUGCCAAUAGGAUACAGUUUGACGCCGUCAAGCAUGAUAUCUUCCAUCCUAACCAACUUGGCGGUAUCCGCCAGAGGUCAACUGAGGAUGCUGGAUUGAUUCUGACCCAUCUCGUGCGAGCGGGGUGGGUUAAGGGUCUCCAGACUAGCGCGCUGGCUUUUGACAUCGCGCAGUUCUUCCCUUCUAUCAACCAUGAGAUGUUCAUGGCUGUACUUCGCAAGCAAGGGUUCUCGCCGGUUCUGGUGGAGUUCUUUGCCUCCUACCUUGUAGGCCGUUCCACAGUUUACUGUUGGAACACCUUCCAAUCCGACUCGCGGUCUGCGGACGUGGGUGUCGGGCAGGGCUCCGCUCUCUCGCCUGUUAUCUCUGGGCUGUUCAUUGCUCCGGUAAUGAAGCUCUUUUACAUCAAAGCGGCGCCGCUCAACAUGACACUGCUGUCCUUUGUGGAUGAUGGGACCAUUUUGGCCCAAUCCAAACAGCUUGAUGAUAAUAAUACCGAGUUGUUUCACUUUUCGCGUCGACGAGACGCCUACAAUCCCUCGCUGGAUCUGGGGUACGCCCCUCACACCGGUGUUACACCUUUGAAGCCCAAGACCUAUUGGAGGUACCUGGGCUUCUACUUUGACCGUGGGCUCACCUUUCAUGAGCACGUUCGCUACUAUGCCACCAAGGCGUUUACCACCGUGCAGGCCAUGCGCAUGCUCGGAAACUCUACUAGAGGUCUUUCGCCUAAACAGCGCCGCCUCUUAUAUUGGUCGUGCGUGGUUCCCAUUGGCACAUACGGCUAUCGUCUCUGGUAUUUUGAUGGCGCCCGUAAUAAGGGUGCGAUGAACCAGUUGAAACAGAUGCAGCGGAAAGCUGCUCUAUGGAUCACGGGUGCUUUCCACACCUCACCCACAGGCGGUCUUGAGGCCUUAGCAGGUCUCAUCCCUGUCCACCUUAUGCUGAAGAAGCUGGCAACGCGUGCAGUGUAUCGCGUAGCCACCCUCUCAGACACCCACCCUCUUCGCUCUAUGAUGGGCGAGGGACUCCUCAAGCGAGCUGCACCACAUGCUCGCUCAUCCGCCUUGAUGACCCCGGCUAUGCGGGGGAAAGUCAAGAGCACUGUCAUGGAAGUGGACCAGCGUGUCCACACCUUAACUGAGAGCUUCGAGCCUUUUGUGCCCAAAGCUCAUCCAGGCGAUCGGUUACUGGACCGCUAUGCGGACCGUCUCCGCUUUGACGAACGUGAUCCUACCCAGGAUAGGCGCCCAUAUCUAGACGAGCUCAUCGCGAGAGCGAGGGCCGACCCACUAACAGUACUGGCUGCAACUGAUGGCUCUGUCCCUCAGUCCAACCAGUAUCAGGCGGCUUUGGCUGCUAUAAUCUACAAGGGACAUCGUGAGCUCGAGAGGACUCGUUAUGUCUCUGGCAGAGUUACCGCCCCAGAUGCGGAACUCAAUGCUAUCUCAUGUGCAGUGCGCCUUGCUGUCAAGCAGGCAAAUUGCCAACAUAUUAUGGUCUUUACUGACUCUAUGGGCUCGGCCCAUAGAGCGGUGGACCCCUCCGUGCAUUCUGGUCAGGCUUUCAGCCUGUCAGUUUGUCGCGCUCUUAAAGAGUGGUUUGAGGCGGACGAUCUCCGUCACAUAACCUUCGUCUACGUCCCUUCUGCUCUGCGGUGGGACAUCCAUGGUGAGGCACACAAGUACGUCACAGAGCUCAAAGUCAGGGUUGGACGUCAUAAGACGGACAACUCCAUAGACGCGCUACGCUCUCGAGCUGCGCAUUCAGUCUUGGAUUCGUGGAGUUCCACUUUCCAAGAUCCAACUUACCGAGGCUCUGAAUUUUUAGAGCUUCAACAGCCUGACGGGCGGCCGCUACAGCCAUCGUACCUCAAUGGGGGACCAUGGCUUUCAACCUUCGGACACAGUAUCACUGAGUUCGCCUGCAUGUGCCGGUGUAUAACUGGCCACGCGCCCAUUGGAGCAUAUUAUCGUCGCUUCAAGAUCAACGAGCCUCAUGGCUGCACUUGCGGGGCUGCUUUGCAGUCCCGCCAGCAUAUCCUCUUUCGCUGUCGCGAUAGAUAUUCUGUACACUAUCCUCGUUUCCUCGGGGAUAUUGCAUCGUUUAUGAAGUACAACCCUACGGCGUUUGGCUUCGACCGGGACCCAUCGGGUGUCGGAUAA